AUGCGGGGGGAUCGCGAUCAUGGCGCGGGGGUGCCAGGCCGGGGGCGCGGCCAGGCCGGACGCGGCGGGAGCAUGGACACGGGCGUUCAGAGGGCGCAGCUGGAGAAGAGGACGUUCGAGAAUGCGAAGAAGGUUGGGGAGGAGACUGGGGUGAGAGGGGGGGAGGCGGGAGCAGUGCAGAGGAGCCAGGGGGGUGCAGGAGCAUCUGGGCGGUCCAGGGAGGGGGGGUGGGGGAUUGGUGGGCUGCAGGAGAGCUGGGAGGGGCACCAUUCGAAGCGGGCGUGGGGGCGGGGCAGCGAUGCGGACCGCCGGGGGCGCCGGGAGACGGACGGGGUGGCAUCCAGGCAUUCGGGGGGUGACGAUGGGGCGAGAUGGCAGGGAGAGGGCUCCAGGGGUUUGAGCCGGGGGGGUGCCCACCGGGGGGCCACGGCGGGCCCCGGUCCCGGUGGGUCACCCAGCGGCGGAGUGUCUGAAAGGGACGUGCUGUCGGGGCAGCGUGAGAUGAGGAGCCCUGUUCAGGCGGCGGAUGCAUCCGCGGAGCGGCGACAGGGCAGUGCCGGCCGUCAAUGGGGGCAAGAAGCGGGGGCUGCGGCGAGAGGUGCGGGAUCAGCGCCGUCGAGCAGCGGCUUGCGGGACUCCAGAGGCUAUCCGCAGGGACUGGGACCCGCAUCCGACGUCAGUGAUCCGGCAUUUCCUCCGCAGCCAUUCGCCAGCGGGGAUUCGGAAAACGUUGCGCAGUCAAACGAUGGCGGGCGCUGGCAGCCCGCGCAGGCGGGUGACUCCAACGGGAAGGGAUUUCAGGGACAGGAUGGUGGCGGUGGAGGGAUUGUAACAGCACCAUUGGCUGCCAGCCCGCGAUCCGUGGAAGGGAGCUCGCAGUGGAGACCCGCCCAGGUGACAGGCGGCCAGGCAGGUCCAGGCCCGGCCCAGACGUCACACUGGAAGAUGUCCGAUGAGGAUAUCCAGUUUGGGUAUCGCCAAAUGCAGCUGCAGAAACAGUUGCUGCAGGUUGGGAUUGAUAUUCCAAGGCCAACCGCCAGCAAGGAGUACCGGCUGUUGUGUCCACAAUGUGAUGGUGGAAGCACAGCAGAGGCGUCACUGUCUGUGGGUAUUGGAGAUGAGUACGAGGUAGCGUUGUAUCAUUGCCAUCGUGCCACAUGCGGAUGGGAAGGGUCGGUUUAUGCGGAUGGACGGCCAGUAUCCCGUUUGAAAGCGUUCUUGUCAAAGCCCAUGCGCAUGAAUGAGGCGCCGAUAAAGCCAAAUCCGAAAUUCCAGCCCCUGUCUCCAGACAUGAUAGAAUUCUUUACAAAGAGAAAGAUAUCCAAAAAGACACUGGAGAGGAACAAGAUUGCGAUGGAGGUCGAACAUGGAGUGCCAGUAAUCGCUUUUCCAUAUUUCAGGGAUGGAGAGCUGAUAAACAUCAAAUACAGAUCCCUUGACAAGAAAUUCAGACAGGUGAAGGGUGCAGAGAAAAUCCUGUAUGGCCUGGACGACGUGAAGGAUGCAGAAGUGGUGAUAGUGGUCGAGGGGGAGAUCGACAAAUUGUCCCUUGAAGAGGCUGGCUACCGCAAUGUGGUGUCUGUUCCAGAUGGUGCGCCUGCAAAGGUCAAGGAAGGCGAGCUCCCCCCCAAGGACGCUGACAAAAAGUUUUCAUUUGUGUGGUCCUGCGAGGCGGUCUUUGAGUAUGCCAGCAGGGUAGUGCUUGCAACAGACAAUGAUGAGCCAGGGUUUGCGCUGGCGGAAGAGCUGGCACGGAGGAUUGGUCGAGAGAAGUGCUUCAUGGUGAAGUGGCCCAGCAGCAAGGAUAUGCAUUUUGUCUUGGAGGAUGGUGAAAUGCCGCAACAAGAGGACGACCAGGACUGGGCAAGGAAAGAUGCUAAUGAGGUGCUGGUGAAGGAUGGGGUUAAACACUUGAGGGCAUUUGUUGAAGCGGCAGAGCCUAUUCCUUAUAUGGGCUUACAUAGAUUUGCAGAGUACUGGGACGAAAUCAUGGGCCAAUACAUCUCCAUGUCAACUGCUUCAACAGGAUACUCAACAGGCUGGAGUGGCAUCGACAGAUACUACCGGGUGGUGCCAGGGGAGCUCACUGUGGUCACUGGGGUGCCCAACUCGGGCAAGUCGGAGUGGCUGGAUGCUCUGGCAUGCAACCUCACAGAGAACUAUGGAUGGGCCUUCGCUUUUUGUGCCAUGGAGAAGAAUGUGGGAGAUCAUGGCCGGCAGCUAAUGGAGAAGCACUUAAAAAAGCCGUUCUUCAGCCACGUGAACUAUGCCGAGGGUGCAGAGCGCAUGUCCCUUGAGGAGGUGAAGAAGGGGAUCGAGUGGCUAGACGAUUGGUGCCAUUUGAUUCGCUGUGAAGGCGAUACAUUGCCCAGCGUGGACUGGCUGCUGGAUCUGGCGCGGGUCGCAGUCCGAAGAUAUGGCAUCCGUGGCCUGGUGAUCGACCCCUACAACGAGAUCGACCACACCCGCAAGUACAACAUGAGCGAAACGGAGUUUGUGAGCCAGAUGCUGUCCAAGAUAAAGCGCUUUGCCCAGCACUACGGUGUGCACGUUUGGCUUGUGGCCCACCCGCGCCAAUUGCACAACUGGCAGCCCAGCCAGGUGCCCAGCCUGUACGACAUCAGUGGCAGUGCCCAUUUCGUCAACAAGUGUGAUGCGGGCAUCGUGAUCCACAGGAACUGGGACAGGGAGCAGGGGGGGGACCCCCUGCAGGUGUGCAUCAGUGUGAUGAAGAUGAGGAACAAGGCGGCGGGGACCAUAGGCAAGAGCUACCUGCGGUACAGCAAGUCUCAUGGGACGUACAUCGACAUGGGUGACGCUGGCGCCAGGAUGUCUCAUAGUGGUGACCCCAUGAGAUUUCGCAGUGCCUCGGAUGCGGUCCAGGGCCUGGGGCGCCGAAGCGGGGCGGACGAGGUGGACGAGCACACGGAUUUUGAAGACGACACGACGAGCCAAUCGGUUCAAAUAUACAGCUGA